AUGUCUCCGGAUCGUAGUUGGAUCACUAAGCGAAUAAAACCCGGUGGAUAUGGUUUUACGGAUGAAUAUAAUGAGGGGGUUAAAUAUUUUUUGGCAUUUGCGCGAAGUAAUUCUAGUAAGCCUAAUGAUCCGAAUCUUUUGAUUAAUUGUCCUUGCAAUACAUGUCGGAAUGCAUUAUACCAACUCAUUCCCGAUGUCGAGUUCCAUUUAUUUGCAACCGGUUUUCUUGAGAGUUAUACUAUAUGGAGCUUUCACGGUGAAGCUAGUGCAUCAAGAAAUGAACAAAUGGAUGAUCGGGAAGAUGUGUUUGACGAGUAUGAAAUGUUUAUGGAUGCUAUUGGUGGGGGUGCAUUUGGAGCGGAAAAUAGUAGCCACGAGGACCCGAAUGAGCAAGCAUCAACCUUCUUAGAUAACGUGAAUAAAGUUGGUGAGCCAAUAUACCCGGGCAAUCUCAAAUAUUCUCAAUUGAAGUUUGUUACGAAAUUACUCCAUUGGAAGAAUCGCAACAAAUGUAGUGAUAAAGCUUUUGAUGAGUUGCUCCUUUUGCUUGGAGAUGUGUUCCCGGAUAAACAUAAGCUUCCUCUCAACUAUUAUGCUGUUAAGAAGAUGGUUAAACGGUUGAGUUUGGGAUAUGAAAAAAUACAUGCAUGCGAGAAUGAUUGUAUGUUGUUCUAUGGCGGUGAUAAAGAUCUAAGAAAUUGCAAGUAUUGUAAAUUGAGUCGAUAUAAAGCUACAACAAAUGCUGGGAAUAAUACUGUUCCAAGAAAGGUUUUGAGACAUUUCAAAAUCACUGACCGUUUGCAGCGUUUGUACAUGUCUACCCGCACGGCUGCACAUAUGAAGUAUCACAAGAACAGAAUUGUGACUGAAGGGAUUCUCACUCAUCCUGCAGAUGGAGAAGAAUGGAAAGAGUUCGAUAAGAAUUAUCCUGAUUUUUCAGCAGAGAUUCGUAAUGUCAGACUUGGCCUUGCAACCGAUGGAUUUCCCCCGUACAGCAAUGCUACCUCUACUGUUUACUCAGUAUGGCCUGUUGUGCUACUUGUGUACAACCUUCCACACACUAUGGUUACAAAGGAUCCAUAUAUGUUUAUGACACUGCUGGUACCCGGGCCGAAUGAUCCAGGAAAGAAUUUGAAUGUUUAUCUCAGGCCUCUAAUUGAUGAGUUGAUCACUUUAUGGAAUGUUGGUGUGGAGACAUUUGAUGCUUCUGCGAAGACUAAUUUUAUGAUGCGAGCAGCCCUAUUAUGGACUAUAAGUGACUUUCCUGGGUUGGGAAUGGUUAGUGGAUGGUCAACUCACGGGAAAAUGGCUUGUCAUGUGUGUAUGGGUGGAGUUAAAGCUAAACAACUGCCACAUAGUAGGAAGUCAAGUUUUUAUGGGUUGCAUAAGGGGUUUUUAGAUAAACGACGAAAAAAUCGGAUGAAAGGUUGUGUUAUUCGCAACAAACUUGAUAGUAUAACUUUUCCACAACCUGGGAAACCACAUUCCAAGGAAAGGGCAAUUGGCUUUGGAGAUUGGCAUAAUUGGACGCAUGUCACUUGCUUUUUUGACUUGCCAUAUUGGGAUUCCUUGCGUCUUCGUCAUUGCAUUGAUGUCAUGCACACGGAGAAAAAUGUAUUUGAUAACAUUUUUCACACUAUUCUCGAUAGCGUAAAAACAAAGGAUACCAUAAGAUCGAGAAAGGACUUGGAAGCAAUGGGCAUCAUGCAAGAGUUAUGGCUUAAUGGUACACGCAAGCCAAAAGCUAGAUAUAGCCUAACCCGGGAUCAGUUGAAAUUGCUAUGUAAUUGGGUUCAUCGAGUGAAACUCCCGGAUGGUUGUUCAUCAAACUUGAAGAGGUGUUGUAAGAGAUCCCAGUUAAAAUUUCAAGGCAUGAAGUCACAUGAUUGUCAUGUAUUUAUGCAGAAGUUAUUGCCUUCUGCUUUUCGUGAACUUCUUCCAGAUGAUGUGCAUAAAGUACUAUGUGACCUAUCAAAUUUUUUCAAAGACUUAUGCUCAACUACACUUCUUGCAUCAGAUUUGAAACAAAUGGAUAAAAACAUAGCUGGGAUUGUUUGUACUUUGGAGACUAUAUUCCCUCCGGCUCUUUUUGAUCCGAUGGAGCAUCUUCUUGUUCAUUUGCCGGAGGAGUGCAGACUAGGUGGCCCUGUCCCAGAAAGAUGGAUGUAUCAUGUUGAAAGACUACAAGGCAGAAUGAAACAUAAAGUAGGGAACAAAGCACGUGUUGAAGGAUCCAUUGCAGAAAAAUACGUAUAUGAGGAGUUAACACAUUUCUGUUCCAUGUACUUUGAGUCUGAAGUUGAUACAGUGCACAACAUGCUAGGUCGUAAUAUGGUUCAUGAUAUUUCAAGGGAUCCAGAAAAACUUGUGGCAUUCACAUAUCCGGUAGAGCCGUUAGGAGCAUGUACUGGUUAUCAUUUAGAUCUGAAUUCAUUGAGUACUGCAGCAUAUUACAUCCUCACUAACAUGCAAGAAGUGGCACCUUAUAUUCUUAUGUUCGAAGCAGAGAUUCGCAACCAUACUCCACACGUAUUGAGUGAUAGUGAGAUGGAUACAAUGAUGAAGGAUAAUUUUGCAAAGUGGUUGCAAGUCAAGGCACAACACAACAACAAACAGUUGCAAUAUUUGUUGGGAGGCCCAGCUUCUUAUGUGAUUUCUUAUAAAAGAUGUAGGGUGAAUGGGUAUUCAUUCAACUUAGGAAAAUCAAGUUCGGGGAUACUUGUCAAGGGAAGUUGUUACGGUGAUAGUGGAAGCAAUUAUUAUGGAAGUUUGCUGGAAAUUCUGAAAAUAACAUAUGGUGGUGGAAAUCAAGUGUUUCUAAUGAAAUGUCAUUGGUAUGACCAUGUUAGGGGCGUGAAGAAAGACAAAAAUGGAGUGCUUUUAAUUGAUCUCAAUUCAAAACUGAAAGGAGAUGAUGUUUACAUUCUAGCAAGUCAAGCCACUCAAGUGUACUAUGCUCCUAGUGUAAAGAAUCCAAAUAGUAAUAUUCAUACAAUAAUCACAUGUAGACCUCAAGUGUUAAGUGGAAGAGCUAUUGAUGCUAACAUGGAACCCCUUCAAGAAGAUGUGUCAAAUACCACACCCAUAGAAUUUUCUUCAAGGUCGUUAUUUGUCGACUUCUCCAUUUAUGAAAUGGAAGAUGAACAAGAGCAACAAAAUGAAGUGGAAAGUGAAGAAGAUGAAGAAAAUGAAAUGGAGGCGGGGGAGGAUCACGAGGAGGAGGAUGACGAAGAAGAAGAAGAAGAAGAAGAAGAAGAUGGUUAUGAUAGCAUCGAAGUGGAUAGUGGAGAAGAAUAUUGA